AUGACAGCGAAGCCGUCAGAAACGGAUGCAUGCGCCAGUGUGACAGCUGUCUUCCUGAAGGUGCUUGCUGGCCUGCACGAUGCUGAAACAGUCAGAUUUGGUCACAUACAUAACAUCUUUAAGGUGAGGCCAGGAUGCUGGGAAGCACCCAUCUUCCGCCACUGUCACAAACGCAGCUUGAUGCGCCCUCAACACAAGGCUCGCCGCCGAUGGCAUGUUACCAUAACAGGGCGGACUCAAGCGCUGCAUGGGGCCUUAGGCCAGGCUGCACAUUGUCUGCUAGACAGUACAUACAGUACAGGCAGUAGAGGCAGUACAGGGAGUGCAGGUAGCAACACUUUUCGGACUGGGCAGCCAUGGACAACACUCCUCUGUGCAGUGGCUCUUAGCAUGGUUGAUACAAUUGCCCAUUCUUGA